UUUUGUUUCAGAAUCACCAACAUGGGAACUAGCAGGAAAGACUUUGUUUUGGCGGUGGUCGUAGCAGUUAUUAUGGGCGCCUGCGGCAUCAACUCCCAGACUGAAACGGAGGCAACCACAGAUUACGCUGAGCUGACAACUGUGACAGAACAAAACUUCACUUCGGACGUCAAAACGCGUCAAGCCCGAGCCAACAUUGACGACCUUGCGUUCGACAAUGACAGUCCCCACGUUGUAGUCAGACCAGAAAGUGCGUCAAGAGUUAUAAUGCCUAUACGGGCUCGUAGUAACACAAGCAACGAAAUCAAUGAAGGGAAUUUGAACAAGACAGUAGAAGAUCCAAAGCCUGCCAAGCUUCUGUCUGACGUGAUUACCAAAAUCACUCAGAAAAGAGCAAAUUUGAAGCCUCAUGCAAGAUACGACGAAGUUACUGGGGAAUUAGUGGGUGGAGCACACCCGUGUGAAAGGGAAUGUAAAGAAGGAGAAGAGCCUAUGAUCUGCUACUACCAUUUCAACUUGGAGUGGUAUCACACUAUGAGCAAGGCGUGCUACGACUGUCCGUUCACCGAGUCGGAUUGCUUUAGGCAGGAUUGUAUUCCAGCUGACGGAAUCAGCAGAUCACUGAACGUUGUCAACAGGAAGAUGCCUGGACCUUCUAUAGAGGUCUGCCAACAUGACCGCGUGAUUGUGGACGUGGAGAACGAUCUGAUGACGGAAGGCACUACAGUCCAUUGGCAUGGACAGCAUCAGCGCGGGACGCCGUAUAUGGAUGGAACGCCUUACGUCACGCAGUGCCCCAUCCUGCCUGAGACUACCUUUAGAUACCAGUUCAACGCGACCCACAGCGGCACUCACUUCUGGCACUCCCAUUCUGGCAUGCAGCGGGCCGACGGCGCCGCCGGCUCCUUCAUCGUGAGGAAGCCCAAGUCACAGGACCCUCACGGGCCGCUCUAUGACUAUGACAGAUCCGAGCACAUAAUGAUAGUAACUGACUGGAUCCACGAGCUAUCCGUCAGUAUGUUUACUGACCACCACCACUCGGUCGGCGACAACAAGCCGCCGACGCUGCUGAUCAACGGAGUGGGCCGCUUCAAGACCUUCCGCGAGACUGCUGAGCCACUCUACAUGAGAGCCGCGAGGUUCAAUGUUGAACAGGGCUACAAGUACCGUUUUCGAGUCAUCAAUGCAGAGUUCCUGAACUGCCCCAUAGAGCUCUCAGUGGAUGGCCACAACAUCACCAUCAUCGCCUCCGAUGGGUAUGACCUGGAACCCAUCACUGCAACAUCCUUGGUGACCUACGCUGGUGAACGAUACGAUUUUAUUCUGGAAGCUAAUAAUGAAAUUGACAACUACUGGAUCAGGUUCCGUGGCUUGAUGGAUUGUGAUGAACGGUUCACCAAAGCCAAGCAAGUGGGUGUGCUGCACUACGAAGGAGCUAUGGAGUCGGAGCCUGAAGGUGACUUGACGUGGGAAGAAUCUACUAAUGAGGGGCUGCAACUAAAUGCCCUGAACAAAGGGGAAGAAGAAGACGAGACUAUCAGCGUGGCUGAGAUGAAGUCUUUAGCUGGCUACGAUGACAGCCUGAAGGAGAUACCAGAUUACCGUUUCUACAUCGCGUACGACUUCUACGCUAAGAACAACUCGCACUACCACAGGUCUCCGUAUUAUGGAUAUUAUCAAGUUCCAAAUAAAUCCAAUCGUUUAUACACUCCUCAACUGAACCACAUCAGCAUGAAGAUGCCUUCGAGCCCUCUGAUGAUCACCAGGCCGUCUGCUGACAACUUCUGUAACAGCUCCAGCAUCGACGAGGCCUGCGAAGAAGGGUACUGCGAAUGCUCGCACGUUCUCUCCGUCAAACUGAACUCGGUCGUCGAAGUCAUCAUCUUGGACGAAGGAGUCACUUUUGACGCAAACCACCCUUUUCAUUUACACGGCCACAGUUUCAGAGUUGUAGGAAUGAGACGGCUAGCUAAUGAAACAACUAUUGAUGAAGUCAAAGAGUUCGACGAAGCUGGUCUUCUCAAAAGGAAUCUGAAGAAUGCACCGAUCAAAGACACCGUUACAGUUCCUGAUGGUGGCUAUACUGUCAUUAGGUUCAAAGCAGACAACCCAGGAUAUUGGCUUUUCCAUUGCCAUAUCGAAUUUCAUGUUGAAGUGGGCAUGGCUCUGGUCUUCAAAGUGGGUGAGCAUAAAGACAUGGCCCCUGUUCCUAGGAACUUCCCUACUUGUGGCAGUUACAUGCCUGAUAACAUGUUAGAACAUGCCACUACAGAGAAGCCUAACAAUGACGUCAUUUCUAUCAGCCAUUGGUGGCCUGUGGUUGUUAUUAACAAUACGACGUCUGCUGCUAGUGCAAUAAGUUAUCCAUCUGGAUUAUUAUCAGUAUGUUGUAUUUGGCUAUUGAAUUUUUUCCUCGGUAGGUAAUAUUAAGUAACUUUUAGAUUUGUGACUCAAAUUUUAGUUGAUCUUUUUGUGUCUACGAGAAGAUUUUCAAUACAGAUAUUAUACGAGAUUGUACUUACAUUACAGUAUCAUAAGAUUCAUUUGAUUAAUGCAUUUGCCUUUCAGUGUUAUUUAUUGGACAGUACUUACUUUAUUUAUUUAUGUUUAUUAUUACCACAAUGCGGAGUCUACUCAAUAGUGCACAUAGUUUUGUAUUAUAAUAAUAUUAAUUGUCAAUAAUUGAAAUUAUUAUCUGUGAUUCGAUUGCGUAUUGCUUGCCAAAAAUGUAUAACGUUUCUAUAGGAAUGUUUUCAUGUAUUAUUAUGAAAAUGUCGCUGAUGAUAUGUGAUAUUACUUAGUUAAGCUAGCUGUAACUUUAAUUGUUAAGUAGUGUAGUUAUUUUAUAUGCAAUAAGUACAUUCAUAGUUGCAAAAA